AUGGGAAAUAUCCAGAUACUAAAUCAUUACUGUCUUUUACCUUUAUUAUUAUUAUUUUCAUAUAUUCAUAUUGCAUUAGCCGAUGUUAAUAUAGUCAGUCCCACAGAAGGAGCCGCUUUCACCUCGUCAGGUGGUUCAGUAUCGUUGAAAAUAGAAUGGAUGGAUAAUACAGCAUAUCCAACAUUAGAUAAGAUUUCAUUUUAUACAUUCAGCCUUUGUACAGGACCAAAUAAUAAUAUUCAAUCCAUUGCCACAUUAGCUACACAAGUUUCAUCAGAUGCAAUUACAGUAGAUGAUAAUGUUUACUCAUACAGUUUUGACUUGGCAGAUACUUUGACAGGUAAUGGGCAAUAUUUCAUUCAAAUUUACGCAUGGGUUAAUGAUCAAGGUUCUACAAUCCAUUAUACCCCAAGAUUUUUCUUAAAAUCCAUGGAAGGUGCCACAUCGUAUACUUUCAGCGAUACUGUUCAACCGGUACCACAGACAUCUAUCCAAACCACUACGACACAAGCUAAUGAUAAUCAACAAGGAACAACUAUUGAUUCUCGUUCAUUCACCGUUCCAUACACUAAACAAACAGGUAUUUCUAGAUUUGCUCCUAUGCAAACUCAACCGAAGACUAAGAUUUCCUCGCAAAAGUCAUGGACAAGGAAAUUUCAAACAAGUGCAGUGACAUUCUAUUCGACAAUGAGAAAAUCAUUACAACAAAUGACAACGAUUACACCAGGUUGGUCUUAUACUAUCACUAGUGAUGUUAAUUACGCAUCCCCUGCACUAUUCCCAUCUGAUAAUGGCGCUGGGUAUAAUCCAAGUAAAAGAUUGACAUUAUCUGUGAGGAAGAUUAAUGCCAGGAAGUGA